GCUGCAGCCCAAAAAAAAAUAUAUAUAUAAACUCAAGCUACCCGACACCCCCUCUUGAGUAUUUGGUAAAAAAGCUUGGAUAUUUCUCCUUCCUUCUUGCUCUAGAACCUGAAUUGGAACCCAGAAAUUCUCCCCCCUGCAUGAAGCUUCCGGAUCUACCUUGCUCUGCUUCUUCACCGCCGGCUGCUCUUGCCUUGUGGGGGCGAAUUGGCUUGGUUUUUUGUUUCCGUGAGCUUCCCCCCUGCACUGCCGCCGGCUUCUCUCCCCCUGCAGCUCCAGUUUCUACAGCUGGAGAAUUAUGGUUUCCAAUCGUUCUGUCAGUUAGCACUAAGAUUGAGUGCUCGGUCUUAUGCGAGUGAGGAAGUGAAACCGAGGACGGGGAAACCACGGGAAGUAACGAGUUAGAAGGCUAGCCAUAUUGUAAUUGGAUAUAAAUUUUAGAUAUGAAUCAUGAUCUUGUAUUUGGAGAUUUUAUGAUAUCAGAGUAAAUUUUAAAGAUUUGAUCUUCAGAUUUUGAUGGUAUCAGAUUGUGGUGUGAUAAGUUCCGAGCCUUGUGCAUUUGUGGGACCCGUCUCAUAAGUGCACGACGUCUGUCGCGUCUCGAAAUUGGGUUUUGGGGCGUGACAAAACUCUUCAAGUGUUCUAAUGAUAUUAAAAUCAUAAGUUUCAC